AUGGUAGCCACAACUAAGAGGACAGUACGUAUAAAAACUACUCAACAUGUAUUACCAGAUCUUCCACCAGUGGAGAAUUUUCCUAUGAGGAAAUGGGCAAUCGAAAUAUUUGUUUUGGAUGCUGAUGGUAAAGAAAUCACAGCUACUCUUUUCGAUAAGGUAGUUUAUCAUUUACAUCCAACUUUUGCUAAUCCAAAUAGGACAUUCACUGAACCACCUUUUAAAAUCGAAGAACAAGGUUGGGGUGGAUUUGCUUUGAACAUCAGUUUAUUUUUAUUAGAGAAGGGUGGUGAAAGAAAGGUAGUGCAUGAUUUAAAUUUCAUAAAAGAAGAGUACCAGGUUGACCAUGUUAUUCAAGUGCCUUUAAAUAAACCGUUAUUAAGAACCGAAUUAGCCAAAAGUGGACAUGUUGAAGAACCUCCAACUAAAAGGAAAAAUGAAUCUACCACAUCAACAACUGAACCAAAACCUAAGAAGGGUAAAGCUUCUGUAACACCAACAGUUAAAGGUUCGGUUGACAUUCAACAAUUAGCAUUCAGUUUAACUAAAUUGAAAGAAGAUGAUCUGGUAACAAUUGUACAAAUGAUUACAGAUAAUAGAACACCAGAAAUGGAUGUUGUAAACAAUGUGGAAGAUGGAGAAUUUGUUAUAGAUUUAUUUAGUCUCCCUGAAGGUCUAUUGAAAAGUUUAUGGGAGUAUAUUACGAAGAAUACCGAAUAA